GCUUGCUUUUUUGAAUUCAGAGAGAGAUUUGAGCAGAAAACCACCUAUCAAAUGAGCGUAUACAAUGGGCUUAAAAUUCCCACUAAACUUAUUUUCGUAACUUAACCGUAUUAUUUUGCACUUUGGACAAACUUUACGUGUCAUUGCGACGACGGCGGUGUUUACGUUUGCAGGCGUUAGUUUUAAUCAAUAGUUUGGCUAACAUAUCCCCAGAUUGCUCAGCUGGUUCGGCAACCAGCCGAACUCUCAGUGUUUCCUCAUUCACCAGAACAUUUUCCAGCACAAAUCUGGUCUAAAGUUUUAAACGCUUUUGAUAUUCUGGACAGGACUGGGUCGCCACCCCUUGUCACAGCGCCAUGGCUGACAGCAGCAUAGUUACUUUAGGGCCGGGCCGCAGCCUGCUGGUGGACUCCUCCGUUUACGACUCCCGGAUGGCCGAGACCACAAAGGAGCAAUUUUUCUUCGGUCUACACGCAGACGAGACAGAGGAUGCAUUGCCCAGAGUUGAGACCAGGGUGGUGUUGGUGGGGGAGGCCGGCAACAUCGCAGAACUUGAGAAAGCCCUUCAGGCCAUCACAAUAAUGGAAGUCCCGGUGGUAAAGAUUAAAGAAGGGCAGCCGGGCACAGAGGCGCGUGAGAAAUUGAUAAAAUCUAUAGUCAAUAUGGAUAUAAACACCCGCUGCAUCAAGACUGACAAUGUCAGAGAUUUUGGUGACGGCGAGAAUUGUGAGUUCGAGACGGUGUUUGUGUUGAAAGACUUCCAGGCUCCGGAAUACAGCUUCCUGUACAAGAAUGACAGCCGUAUCCUGGGGCCUCCUGCCGUGAUGCACUGCGCCAGCAAGGGAGAGCCUCUGCCGUUCUCCUCCAGGCCUCUCUACUCUAUGACCAUGCUCAACUUGUCUCUCUGCUUCACCGGAUUCCGUAAAAAAGACGAAGUGGUUACCCUGGUAAAUCUCGUUCAUCACAUGGGGGGUACCAUCCGAAAAGACUUUGACAGCACUAAAGUCUCACACCUCAUCGCCCAUUCAACCCAUGGUGAAAAGUACAGGUUGGCAGUGUGCAUGGGCACACCCAUCCUCACCCCUGAGUGGAUACGCAAGGCAUGGGAGCACAGAGAUGACAUUAAUUUCCAUGCAGGCAACGAGGAGUUCCGCACAGAGUUUAAAGUCCCUCCGUUCCAGGACUGCGUGUUGAGCUUUCUGGGAUUCUCUGAGGAGGAGAAAACUAACAUGGAGGAGAGAACUCAGAAACACGGUGGACGAGUCCAGGCGGUGGGUGAUGAAAAGUGCACCCACUUGGUAGUUGAGGAGAACUCCAUUAAAGAACUGCCCUUUACUCCCUUGAAAAGACUCUAUGUCGUGAAGCAGGAGUGGUUUUGGGGCAGUAUACAAAUGGACGCCCGUGCUGGGGAAUCUAUGUACUCUUAUGAAAAGCCCGAGAGUCCUGCGAUGAAGAAAGCCGUGUCUCUGCUGUCUCUCACGACACCCAACAGUGGCAGGAAACGCAGACGUCUCAGAGAAACAUUGGCUCAGCUCACCAAAGAGACAGAGAUUUCUCCCUUCCCACCACGCAAGAGACCCUCGGCUGAGCACUCCCUCUCCAUGGGCUCACUGCUGGACAUCUCCAACACACCCGACACGUGCAAAACCAGUGGAGAGCUCAGGUGCAGGAGGAGCAGCGGUAGGCGGAGGAGUGCCAGACAGCGUAGAUCAGAGAAAGAGUGGCCACUGCAGCGUACAAGCACUCCUGUGUGCAGACAGGAAAACCAGACAGAGAAUGCCAAACCUCCCAAAAGCUCGACUCCCGCCCUUCCCAAGCAGUCAGCGCGAUGGCAGGUCUCCAAGGAGCUCUACCAAACCGAGAGCAACUACGUUGAUAUCCUGGCCACAGUCAUGCAGCUCUUCAAAUACCCACUGGACAAAGAGGGGCAGGUGGGCGGCCCCAUUCUAGCUCAAGAAGAGAUCAAGACCAUCUUUGGCAGUAUUCCAGACAUCUAUGAUGUGCACACGAGAAUAAAGGCGGAUCUCGAGGAGUUGGUGAUGAACUGGUCUGAAGAGAGGAGCGUUGGAGACAUUAUCCUGAAAUAUUCUAGAGAGCUGGUGAAGGCCUACCCACCAUUUGUCAACUUCUUUGAGAUGAGCAAAGAGACCAUAGUGAGAUGUGAGAGACAGAAGCCAAGGUUUCAUGCGUUCCUGAAGAUUAAUCAGGCUAAACCCGAGUGUGGCCGCCAGACUCUCGUUGAGCUUUUGAUUCGUCCAGUACAGAGACUGCCGAGCGUCGCCCUCUUGCUGAACGAUAUAAAGAAACAUACAUCAGAUGACAACCCUGAUAAAGUGACACUUGAACAGGCCAUCGAGUCUCUCAAGGAAGUGAUGACGCAUAUAAAUGAGGAUAAAAGGAAAACCGAGGGACAGAAACAGAUCUUUGAUGUUGUUUACGAGGUGGACGGGUGCCCUGCCAAUCUGUUGUCGUCCCACCGGAGUCUGGUUCACAGGGUGGAGACCAUCGCUCUGGGAGACAAACCCUGCGAUCGGGGAGAACAUGUCACACUCUUCCUUUUCAACGACUGUUUGGAGAUCGCCAGGAAGAGACACAAGGUGAUAACCACGUUCCGGAGUCCGUUGGGUCAGACACGGCCGCCCGCCCAGCUCAAACACAUAGCCCUGAUGCCCCUGUCCCAGAUCAGAAGAGUCCUUGACAUCCAAGACACAGAGGAUUGUCAGAAUGCCUUUGCCCUGGUGGUACGUCCUCCUACAGAACAGGAGAACCUGUUAUUCAGUUUCAAGUUGACGGCCGAGGACACACUCAAAUCUGCCUGGCUCAAAACUCUAUGUCGACAAGUGGCCAACACGAUUUGCCGAGCUGAUGCGGAAGAUCUCAUUCAGAGCACUGAUCCUGACUCCGUCCAAGUGAGCACAAAGGACAUGGACAGCACGCUCAGCCGAGCAUCCAGGGCCAUCAAAAAGACCUCAAAGAAGGUCACAAGAGCGUUUUCUUUCACUAAAACCCCCAAGCGUGUGCUUCAGAGGGCAUUUAUGGCCAAUGGUACCCCAGAUGAGAGGAGUCCUGGCCCAGAUGGCGAUCACAUGGGCCGAAUGUCCAGCAGCUCCACACUGGCUGCUGUUCAUUCCCCAUCCAUGAUCAACCUCUCCUCUGCCUUUGAGAGGAAGUAUCACACCUUCAGCAGAUCCACAACUCACCUGAUCUGAACGUUGCAUUCUGCACUCUACAGUAUUGAAAUUAAUUCCACACUACGGUACCACGUCCGCCCGACGCCUCUAGCACAUGCCCCCCCACCCGGGUUUAAUCUACAGGUCCAGAACCCACCGAAUGAAGGAACGGCUUGUGUUGAUGGCGAUGUCUGGGCUCAUUUAAUUAACAUAGGAACAUUUAUAACUGUCGUCUUCUGAUUUUAUUAGAGUAGAGUUUUCACGCAAUUAUUAACCACUGCAAGUAUUUCAUGUUUUAUUUCUUAAUCUAAACUAAUGUAGUUUUCAGCUUUUAUAAAGCUAUAGACAUCUGGCCAUUGCAUUUUCAGUGGAAGUGCACAGUAAUGUCUGGUUUAAAAUGCAGCCUUGUACUCUUAGAAGUGAUUAUUUUAUUUUAUCGUUGAUUUAGGGGUAUUGGUUUCUAUAAGUCAAAAGAGAGUUGUUGUGGUCAGCCUGCCAUAUUUAUUCUCCAGAAUCACUUCUAAAAAUGUUUAUGUAAAUCCUCUUUUCUGUCUCUAUUUAUGUGUAAAUAUUGUAUUUGUCCUCAUGUGAUCGUCAUACUAAUUACAGUUUGUCUCUACCUUUUUGUAGUCUCUGCACUUACAUCAACACCAACAUGAAUUCAUGUGUAAAGCAAAAUUCACUUUAGUCUGUAAAAGGGAUUUAUAGAAUGUCCUUGCCAACUGCAGAUUUGUUUGGAGUGGGUUGGUUUUAUGUUAUUGGUUUGACUACUUUUGAAGGUGACUUCAUUUAUUCUUUAUCAAUAAAAGAAGCAUAAAGCCUU